GAAAACACGCGAUAACCCUUAGCACGUGUGUCAAGCUCGAAGCAGACCUCAAACAACCCCAACCGACCCAGCCAGCGGCGAAGGCCCGGCGAUCCACGCCGCAAGCCUCUGCUCUCAACUCAAUUGGGUGUACAGUCAGCCGCGGCUGAUCUUAUUCCCCCCCCGACAUCACGCAACCCACGUCCCACCAUGCCCCUCGAUACAUCAACGUACAGCCUCGCGCUGCUCCGCGUCGACGGCCGGAGAUGGAACGAGUUGCGGCGUGUCCACGCCCAGAUCCGCACCCAGGCGGCGGCCGACGGCUCCAGCUACCUCGAGAUGGGUCACACCAAGGUGAUGUGCGUGGUGACCGGUCCUAGCGAGCCCGGCCCACGCCGCGGCGGUGUCGGAGGUGGGGGAGCUGGGGCCGGCGGUGGCGGCGGAGCAGGAGGUCAAGGCAAGGAGGCCGAGGUAGUGGUGAGCAUCGUGAUUGCAGGCUUCAGCUCCGUUGACCGGAAGCGGCGGGGGAGAGGCGACAAACGCACGCUCGAGAUGCAAUCAACAGUCGCCAACGCGCUCGCCGCCAGCCUCCACACACACCUCUUCCCGCACAGCCAAAUCAGUAUCUCCCUACACGUUCUCUCGCAAGACGGCUCGCUUCUCGCGGCCCUUAUCAACGCGGCUACACUAGCUUGUGUCGACGCGGGUAUUCCGAUGACCGAUUAUGUGGUGGCGUGCACGGCCGGGUCUACGUCCACAUACGCUGCCAACGACGAAAGUGCCGAUCCGCUUUUGGACCUCAACCACCAGGAAGAGCAGGAGUUACCAGGGCUGACGGUAGCGACGUUAGGGGAGAGCGAUCGGGUGGCAGUGCUCGUGUGCGAGAGCAGAGUGCAAGUGAGCCGGUUGGAGGGCAUGCUGGCGGUGGGGGUGGAUGGAUGCAAGCAAAUGAGAGAGAUUCUGGACCGGGUCGUCAGGGAAAAGGGACGUCGCAUGAUACAGGAGGGCACGGUGGAGAAGGGGAUCGGGCUGAACGAGAUGGACGUGGAUUAAGUUGCAGUUCCGGACUCCCGGGUGGCUGAAUCGGAGUUGGACCUGGUCACAGUCGAGAUGCCUCUCGUAUCGAGUUUGCCAGGUGAGGUUCCAUCCAUUUCUCACACUGUGCUCCUGAAGUCCUACUCGUUACCUA